AUGCCCCAUGAAACAGUCCCCAGUGACACCAUCUACGGCCCAGGAACAUACGUAGACGAGACAUUCCUGCCAGCCCCGCAAGAUGCUUGCCGAAUCUUCGAGUACCUUGCGUCCAGCACACCAGGCUUCACUACCGACAGAGCCCUCUGGGAGACCAUCCAUUUCAGCGGCUCAGAACACCCCGUAAUCCCUGGUCCCAUCAAAGCGCCUCUCGUCUCUGCAGCUCUUCAUGCAAUGUGUGGUGUUGUCGCGCAUGAGAUUGUCCAGGAUCGCGACGGUACCCCAGCAGCGUCACAGACAGUUAAUGUGAAUACUGAUCACGCGGCUAUCUGGCUGGGCACGGUUCUCGCUGCGACACUGAAUGUUGACGGUACAAGAAAGGAUAUGAGUGAGGUUGCGCGAUCGGGUGAACUGCGUUCUCUUUUCGAUAGGGAUUUUGAAGGAGGGUUCAUGUCAACGCCCAUGCGUCAGCGCACAACAGCCUUAUACAAGACCGCCACACCGGGCGUCUGGUACCAGCUCCAUGGAUCCCUUGAUGCGCCGCCCGUCUUGCGAGCAUUGGGGAUUGACCCCGAGUACCCCGCAAAAACAUCGCACGAAGCAUACAAGCACAUAGCGCAGCGGAUAGAGCAAUGGACAGCGGAUGAGCUGGAGAUGCUAAAUAUCAAAAACGGCUUCUGCGGAAGCAUCUGCUUUACGCCAAAGGGGUGGAGUGAGACGCUUAUGGGGAAACGCCUUGCCAGCCAUCCGCUCGUGAACUACAAGAGGCAGACACACGCGAUUCCGACACCGGUUGUGCCAUGGCGACAGGUUGAAGACGGCGACGAUAGGAGGCCGUUGGCCGGGAUCAAAGUUGUUGAGCUGGUGAGGAUCAUAGCAGGUCCCAUUAUUGGGAGCACCCUUGCGGCAUUUGGGGCAGACGUUAUUCGCGUGAACUGUAGUCGGUUGGUGGAUUUGAAUGUCCUUCAGUUAACCCUCAACGCCGGGAAACGAACGAUAGACCUCGAUCUCACCCUCGAGUCUGACAGGACUCGACUACGUGAACUCCUCGCCGACGCAGAUGUCUUCGUCCAAGGGUUCCGCCCCAACGCCAUCGCGCGCAAGGGAUUCGGCGUGAACGACCUCCUCGAGAUCGCUGGCCAUCGUGGCAAAGGGAUCGUCUACGUCGAAGAGAACUGCUACGGUCCUGACGGCCCGUAUCACGAAAGGCCCGGGUGGCAACAGAUCGGUGAUGCAGCUUCAGGAUCGUCGUAUGUUAUGGGCCGGAGUCUUGGAUACAAAGAUGGCACGAGCGUUCUUCCGCCCUUGCCUAUCUCAGACAUGAAUACUGGUCUUAUUGGGGCGCUGGGAACGCUCAUGGCGCUGCGGGAUCGGGCGAGGUAUGGAGGCUCGUACCGAGUCGCAAGUUCUCUCGUCAAAGCGGAUGUCAUUGCACUUGAGCCUGAGGUUGGACUUUAUAGCCCUGCGGUGGUGGAGAAGGCUAGUGAGAUCUUUCAAUGGGGACAUAUCGGGCCAGAGCAGUUUGUCACAGAGAUUCUGCUGGUGGUUAUGGAUGGGUGGAAGAGGGUAUUCCCGCAGUACUUCGGAACUGGGGAGGAGAGUCUGCUGACUUCUUUUGAGAGCGGCGAGGGGCCGUGGGUGAAUAUGAGUAUUUUGAGGCCGGUGGUGCGGUUGGGCGAUGAGGGAGUCAGCCCAAGGUGGCUGACGCCGUCGGUACCGAACUGCUUCCAUGACAAGGGGAUCCAGUGGCUCUAG